AGGGAGCCUGGCAGGACUCGAACCCCGACCCUAGGGGGGGACAGCGCCUCCUAGGACCCCCCCUUUGGUAGCAUUUGAACCCUUGACCCACAGCCGACCUUGAAGCCUCGCCCUCCGGCCGCACUCACCUCCCUCCCAGCUGGGUUGGGCCUCCUCCAUGGCGGCUCCCGUGUGCCGCCUCUGCCACAUCUCCUUCCACGUGCCCGCCGGGCACCGCCUGGCCCGGGACCUGCAGCGGCACUUCCGCUUCCGCGCCCUGGCCGUGCGGGAGAGCCCGGCCUGGAGGCAGGUGGCCCUGCGCAGCGGAGCGGCCGUCUUCCUGGUCAACGAAGGGAGCGGCCGGGCCGGGGGAGAGGAGCCGCUCUACGGCCUGGACCCCUGCCACGCGGUGCCCACCGCUUCCAACCUCUGCUUUGAGGUGGGCGACGUGCCGGGGGCCGCCCGGGCCCUGGGGGCACUGGGCUGCCGCGUGGCCGUGGCUCCCACCACGGUGAGGGACGAGGACGGCGCGGCCACCUACGCCGUGGUGCGGGCGCCCGUGGGCAACCUCAGCCACACCCUGCUGGAUCGCUCUGGCUUCCGGGGACCGUUCCUCCCCGGCUUCGGCCCGCCGGGCCCACCCCGGGGGCCCCCCGAGCCUCCCGGCUGGGUCAGCCACGUGGACCACGUGACCGUGGCCUGCCCGAGGGGCAGCUCGCCCUCCCUCUCGCGCUGGUACGAGAGCUGCCUGGGCUUCCGCCGGUUCCCGCUGGGCCGGGGGGACCGCCCGGGGCGAGGCCUGGUGGUGCGGGCCGGAGCCGGGGGGCUGCGGCUGGCCGCGCUGCGGGGGCCCCCCGACGGCCCCGUCCCGACCCUGGUGCUGGCCGAGUCCCUGCCCGGGGACGGGCGGGACCAGGUGGAGCUCUUCCUGGCUCGCCACGGGGGGCCCGGCCUGCAGCACGUCGGCCUCUACACCCCGGACAUCGUGGAGGCCGCCGGGGGGGCGGUCGCCGCCGGGGCCGGGCUCGUGGCCCCUCCCGCCGCCUACUACCUCCGGGAGGGCAAGGAGGAGCAGAUCCGAGGGGCCGGGCACGAGCCCGGGCAGCUGGCCCGGCACGGGAUCCUGCUGGACGGGGGGGAGGCGCUGGGCCGGCGCUUUCUGCUCCAGGUGUUCACCAAGCCCCUCUUCCCCGAGGAGACCUUCUUCCUGGAGCUGAUCCAGAGGCAGGGGGCGGCCGGCUUCGGCCAGGGCAACAUCCGGGCUCUGUGGCAGGCCGUGCAGGACUCCGUGGGCCGCUCUGCGGGCCGGGCGGGGUAGGCCGCGGCUCCCCAGGGGCCCUGCUCCUCGCCGGUCCGCGGCGGGGAAACCCACACUGCUGCGGAGCCACCUGAAGACACCCCCGUAACCGCCCCACCGACUCUGAAAGGAAGAGGAAUUGGGGUUUCGAGGGGGAAGGGCCUGCAGGCGACCCCAAAGGUCUGGGCUUCAGGGUAACCUCCAGUUGCCCCCCCGCUUCCACCCUCUCCCCUUCCCAACGUGGGUGUAGUGGAAUGGAUUGAUUAAAGUCUUGUGCCGAGAGCUUG